AUGGCUGAGACGUCCUGGGUCGAGUUCUCCGCGGUUCGCCAGAAGCGAAGACGCGCAGCUUUAGCGUGCGGAAUCUGUCAUUCAAAGAAGGUCAGAUGCGACCUGCAAGCCAGAAGUGCUCAGGGUCAUGUCACCUGCAGCAAUUGUGCCGCUGCUGGCAAAACCUGUCAGGUCCGUCCGCCGAGGCGCGACAAGGUGCGCGGCCUCACGCGCACAAGUUUUACUCAGAACUUGACUCCGCCUCUCGAAACUUCUGCUGCUAGUAAUAUGGAUGCUCUUCCCAGUGAUGGUGGCAAUCAAUCUCCCGACUUAGAUAUGUCUCUCGAUUCGACGGCGGCAGCUACACUCACGGCCACAGCAGACGGCCACGGACCCGAAACCGUCUCGCAGCGGGGUGCUCCUUUGGCCAAUAUUCCCAGACCAAACCGAGCCAGCGUGCCCUCGGCCUUCGUCAAUGAUAUUUCACCAAGUGCACAUUCCGAUCGGUAUACCAUUGAUCCUGGCUUUCUUGCUGUCUACGGACCCGAGAACGAAAACGAUGCGAGACACCAAGCCAUGACGAGCCAAAAGACGACGAACCUCGGCAAUCUCACUCAACCAGACUUGCAGCAGAGCUUUGCCGAAACAUAUUUCGAGUAUUGCUAUCCUUGGUGUCCCGUCCUUGACAAAUCUUCGCUGAGCAUCGACCUGGCGAAGUCACCACUCCUCGACGAUGCUCUCGCUCUGGUGGGCAGUCAUGUUCAACCACCCAUGAUCCCCCACGCAGGGCCGAGCUUCUACUAUGAUCGCGCCCGACGGAGAUUCUAUGAAGAUGGUGAAUCCGACCUGAUUACCUCCCUACGUGCCGUUUUGCUGUUUUACUGGUGGGCUCCUCGACCGCCAAGCCUGGUGCACCGGCACUCGUCCUGGUGGUGGACGUCUGUGGUAAUAAGACAUUGUCAGCAAGCAGGCUUUGAUUAUGAAUUGGAGGCUGACUAUAUGGGGUCUCGCACGAAUCUGGGCUUGAGAAGACGGAUCUGGUGGACCGCUUUUGCCCGUGAGCGACUCACUGCAAUUUGCCAGGGUAAACCCUGCAUCAUCGAUCCGGAAGACUGCAACAUCCCUGAACCGAGUCUCGCGGACUUCCCUGACGAUCUAGAGGAUAAAACCAGUGCCGAGAUCUUUAUUUACUGGGUCCGACUCUGUGCCAUCAUAGGAAGAAUCGCGAAAUAUCUCUCUCGGUCUACCAACACGGCUUCAAACUCAUUUCCCGUGCACUUGGGUAAAGAUCUCAUUGAAUGGGUCCGAAGCCUUCCGCCACACCUUCAAUUGCCUGUUGGAGGUGCAUAUACGGCCAACUUCCACCGCAACGUUCAUCAACUCCACCUUCCGUAUCUGACGAUAAUAAUUGUCUUGUACCUAAAGAGAUCUCCGCCACAAGCGAUACCACACGCUCUCCCACCAUCGAUUCUUGCCGCCACCUGUUUGGCGCGCAUAAUGAAGGAUAGCCUGGUUCGUGGCGGAACGAGAUAUCUGAUGCCCAUUACCUGCUGGUACUGUGGCAUGGCGUUCAUUGCCCUUCUACAGGCUCGGGUGACACAGGACCUGCAACAGCCUGCCGACUCCGAUCUUGACAUGCUGGCACUUGCUGUCAAGCAGCUGAAGACGAUGUGGGGAACAGCCAACGUGUUUGAUCAAGGCUUCGAACGACUUCGUGCCACUGCCAACUCUUCGCGGCAUGAUGACUUCCUUGCUAGGCUCACGGAACAGGAUUCCGCCGGAUCACAGCUUCAGUCUGAUGAUAAUGGGAUCGACUGGCUGGAUUACUUCCCCUUCGCCACCGCUCAGACAAGCCCGAUUGCUGAAAAGCUGCUGGCUGAACAAAGCAUGCAGUAUUUUCCGUUUGACAACUUCUGCGAUACUUCUUUGAUGCAUUUCCAAGACGUUUUCGAGGGGUUUGAUAGCUGGACCGACCCGCAGAACCUGUUUGGAGAUUUGCCAAAUCAUGAUGGAACGUGA